GGGAGCGCCGAGUGACUGCGCGCCCGGAGCUGCGGAGCCGCACGCGCGUCCGGGAGGCUCGCCUGACUUCUGCCUGCGCUCCCGCUCCGAAAGCUUAGCUCUGAGGAGACGCCGACCAUGAAGACACCGUGGAAGGUGCUCCUGGGACUGCUGGGGAUCGCUGCGCUCGUCACCGUCAUCACCGUGCCUGUGGUUCUGCUGAACAAAGGCAGUGAUGCUACAGCUGAUAGUCGCAGAACCUACACUCUAACCGAUUAUUUAAAAAAUACUUUUAGAGUGAAGUUCUACACCUUGCGAUGGAUUUCAGAUCAUGAAUAUCUCUACAAACAAGAAAAUAAUAUCUUGCUAUUCAAUGCUGAAUAUGAAAACAGCUCCAUGUUCUUGGAGAACAGUACACUUGAUGAAUUUGGAUUUUCUAUGAAUGAUUAUUCAGUAUCUCCUGAUAGACAAUAUGUUCUCUUCGAACACAACUAUGUGAAGCAAUGGAGGCAUUCCUACACAGCUUCGUAUGACAUUUAUGACUUAAAUAAAAGGCAGCUAAUUACAGAAGAGAGAAUCCCAAACAACACACAGUGGGUCACAUGGUCACCAGUGGGUCAUAAAUUGGCGUACGUUUGGAAAAAUGAUAUUUAUGUCAAAAAUGAACCAAAUUUGCCAAGUCAGAGGGUCACAUGGACUGGGAAAGAAGAUGUAAUCUAUAAUGGAAUAACUGACUGGGUUUAUGAAGAGGAAGUCUUCAGUACUUACUCCGCUCUGUGGUGGUCUCCAAACGGCACUUUUUUAGCAUAUGCCCAAUUUAACGAUACAGAAGUCCCACUGAUUGAAUACUCCUUCUACUCUGAUGAGUCACUGCAGUACCCAAAGACCAUGCAGAUUCCUUAUCCAAAGGCAGGAGCUGUGAACCCAACUGUAAAUUUCUUUGUUGUAAAUACCAACACUCUCAGCCCAGACAUCAAUGCAACUUCCCAACAAAUCAUUCCUCCUGCUUCUGUGUUAAUAGGGGAUUACUACUUGUGUGAUGUGACAUGGGUAACCGAAGAAAGGAUUUCUUUGCAGUGGAUCCGGAGGAUUCAGAACUAUUCAGUGAUGGAUAUCUGUGACUACAAUGAGUCCACCGGAGGAUGGAUUUCCUCAGUGGAACAGCAGCACACUGAAAUAAGUACCACUGGCUGGGUUGGAAGAUUUAGGCCUGCAGAACCUCAUUUUACCUCUGACGGGAAUAGCUUCUACAAAAUCAUCAGCAACGAAGAGGGCUACAAACACAUUUGUCACUUCCAAACAGAUAAGAGAAAUUGCACAUUUAUUACAAAAGGAGCCUGGGAGGUCAUUGGGAUAGAAGCUCUUACCAGUGAUUACCUAUACUACAUUAGUAAUGAACAUAAAGGAAUGCCAGGUGGAAGAAAUCUUUAUAAAAUCCAACUUAAUUACCCCACAAAAGUGACGUGCCUUAGUUGUGAGCUGAAUCCAGAAAGGUGUCAGUACUACUCUGUAUCAUUUAGUAAAGAGGCGAAGUACUAUCAGCUGAGAUGCUCUGGCCCUGGUCUGCCCCUCUAUACUCUGCAUAGCAGCAGCAAUGAUAAAGAACUGAGAGUCCUGGAAGACAAUUCAGCUUUGGAUAAAAUGCUGCAGGAUGUCCAGAUGCCCUCAAAAAAACUGGACUUCAUUUAUUUGCACAAAACAAAAUUCUGGUAUCAGAUGAUCUUGCCUCCUCAUUUUGAUAAAUCCAAGAAAUAUCCUCUGCUAAUAGAUGUAUAUGCAGGCCCCUGUAGUCAAAAAGCAGAUGCUGUCUUCAGACUCAACUGGGCUACUUACCUUGCAAGCACAGAAAACAUUAUAGUAGCUAGCUUUGAUGGCAGAGGAAGUGGUUACCAAGGAGAUAAGAUCAUGCACGCAGUCAACAGAAGACUGGGAACAUUUGAAGUUGAAGAUCAAAUUGAAGCAACCAGACAAUUUUCAAAAAUGGGAUUUGUGGAUGACAAACGGAUUGCAAUUUGGGGCUGGUCAUAUGGAGGGUAUGUAACCUCAAUGGUCCUGGGAGCAGGAAGUGGCGUGUUCAAGUGUGGAAUAGCCGUGGCGCCCGUGUCAAAGUGGGAGUACUAUGACUCAGUGUACACAGAACGUUACAUGGGUCUUCCAAUUCCAGAAGACAACCUUGACCAUUACAGGAAUUCAACAGUCAUGAGCAGAGCUGAAAAUUUUAAACAAGUUGAGUACCUCCUUAUUCAUGGAACAGCAGAUGAUAACGUUCACUUUCAGCAGUCAGCUCAGAUCUCCAAAGCCCUGGUGGAUGCUGGAGUGGAUUUCCAGUCAAUGUGGUAUACAGAUGAAGACCAUGGGAUCGCCAGCAGCACAGCACACCAACACAUCUACACCCACAUGAGCCACUUCCUAAAGCAAUGCUUCUCGCUACCUUAGCACCUUGGAACAGCAUGCCAUCUAAAGCUUCUGAAAAGCCACUUUUGCUCUCAUUAUCUCAAAACUGCACCAUCAAGAUGACGAUGUUAAAAAAGUACCCUCAAAUCAAGAAAUGUAAGGUUACCUUUGUUCCCAAAUUUCAUAUCUAUAACCCGAGGUAGGGACUUCUGUCUUUGCAACCUUAUGGAAGUUUGA